AUGUCAUGUUCCACCAACUACCAACCCCUCAUCUCUGACUGGAAGGUUCUCUCGGAAGACUCUCUUUCUGGGCACUCUUACAUCACCUUCACCUCCAAGACACCCACCUAUCCUAACCGCAACAGAAAGUUUAACAUCUCUCGUGCUGACUGGCUUGAAAUUCAACGCUAUCUCACUACACAUCUUGUAGACUCCAACAACCAGAAUAUAGACUCUACUUGUCACUCACUGGACACCAACAUACAGCUCAUCUCCAACGCCUGUGAACUCUACAUUCCUAGGACUUCCCCUAAAGGAAGACAGGUCCAUGGUGGAAUCAUAUCCUUUCCGACCUUCAAGACCAACAACCAACUCCGCAAAAUAUACCAACGUACUUUCAUGGAACCCAAACGAUCUACCCUCAGAACUCAAUACCUUCAACAUCAACGGAUCUACAAGAAGGAAAUUAAGAAAUCCAAGCUCAAAUCCUGGCGUGACUACUGCUCCAAGGCCUCUAAUAAUCCUUGGGGCUACAUCAUGAAAUUAUGUACCAACAAGCUACGACACAGUCACAUUAUUUCUACGACUAAUAUUAAUGAUACAUAUACUAAAAACCUGGAGGAGACACUUCAGGCCCAAAUGGAUAACUUCUGCUUAGAGACCCACCUGAACUGGACAACAACUUCCAUAGUAAUAUUAGAAACAACACCCAUGAUAAUAUAA